AAUGAACGUCUGACUGAAAACAAAGUUCUUGCUUUCUUAGAAGUUUCUCUCAUUUUCCAUCUUUUCAGGACUCUGGCCUACAAGAACCGCUAUGUUCGAGUUCCAGAUGGUCACUUCUGGAUCGAGGGAGAUCAUCACGGCCACAGUCUGGACAGCAACAGCUUUGGACCGGUGUCUGUGGGGCUGCUUCACGGUCGGGCCUCUCACAUCAUCUGGCCACCAAACCGCUGGCAGCGAAUCACAGCAUCGCUCCCUGCAAACCGAGGACCGCUGGACACCGAGGAAGAGGACUGACCACGCCCACAGAGUUUCUGUAUUUUUCUUAAAAUGUCAAAUUCACAGCAAGAGCCGCUCGCUGUGACCGUGUGAGUCAGAUUACUGCAUGGCUUUUAUAUAAACCGUGCUCAUUGUACACUCAGGUGGUGUUUUGUUCGUUUCACUGCAGACUUUUGUUUUUAAAUAUUUCUUUCUUGAACGCUGAAAAGACGACAAACUGAAGUCCUGUCCCCGAACUUCACAUUUUACAUGAAAAAUUAAAGCUUUUGUCUGUAAACCACCAAGAAUUUUAAGUUAAGUUUGUGGUAUUUUAUCAACUAAGCUAAUAAUCACUGGCAAAGUGAUGUGAUGGGCAAUUAAACUCAUUUGUAAUUUCCACCCUA